CCAAACCGAACUACAGUGAUACCCCUCGACCCGCCUACCACCUCCACCGCCAUCUCAAAAGUCACCAAACAAAAAAGCCUCCCGUUGGAAAAAGCCGGAUUUUUCUCCUUUACAUACCAUGCUACAAUCAUGUCGUUACUAUAUAUCCUGUACACAUCUUCUCUUUCACACCAUCAUAUUCUUGUCUACCUUCAAUUCAAAUUCAAGCAAGGCGCACAGCGAAAAGGGGAUCGGAUCGGAGGCUGUUUACUUCAAAUAUCUAUCUAAUCAUGUCUAUUUUUCUCUUUUUUUUUUGGGAUUGUUUAUCAUGCACGGAGUUGGGAAGAGCUGGCAUGCUCAUGAAAGGCCGGAUGGUGGAUACUUUUUUUUAUGAAAGGAAGCAUAAGCGCUUAGAUGGCUGGACAGAUAGAUGGAGAGAAGACUCCCUGAGAGAGAGAAGGGAUGUCAAACAUACGUUUUGCGCCCACUUGUUUGGGUUGCAAGUUUUUCUUUUUUUUCCCCUGGUGGAGGGGAUGAUGGAUGAGAAUCAUGUAGAUCUAUGUGCUGAUGAAAUGAUACGAGCGAGCGAUGGAGAGAGAUGGAGAGAACAAUACAAUACAAACAAUCAUCACCUCACAUCACCUCUUUUCGAGACCAAAAGUUCCUCCCGUCGUGAUAUCAUUUCGGCCUACCUACCUACCCAAUCUCCCUCGUAUUUCCCAUUUCCCAUUUAUCCAAACGACGCACAGCAAUCAAUCAAUCAAUCAAAUUCUUUCUUUCCUUCCUUCCUCCCUGAGUGAGUCCCUGCCCAAAAAAAACCCCACCGAAUUCACUCCCCCCCCAAAUUCCCCCUUCUACGGUACCUACCUACCUACCUACCUACCUACCUACCUACCCCAUCACACCGCCAACUUCCACCAUCCCAUCCACCCACCCACCUAUCUCGAAGCGACAAGG